CUGAAAUCCUCCCUGGACAAUUUUGGCCAGGAGCCUGGUACCCGAUACCGAAGGGUACCUGGUGCCACGGAGGCUUAGAGUUAUUCGUGUGUCUGUUUGGAUGUUUGGCUUGAAGAUCCUUACGGGGGCGAACUUCUCAUCUUUAUCGCGUCCUCCAUUCCCCUCCGUGCAUUCGCAACAAGUAUAAAGAGCGCAUUCUAGUUAAAACUCCAUUGUCGUCCCUGCCCUCUCAUCCCUAUGAACGACAAGCAUUGACUGCCUCCUUCAUGCAUAUACAAAAAAUCAUCGCCCCAAACCAGUUUCCGACUUGUUACAACACUCAUCGUCCUGCCCAUGCGUGGCGUAAGCCCUCUUUCCGGCGAAGAUCUCAACGGUCGACAAGAUCUUGGUCAAACAUGGCACAACCGCUAAGCAAAGUUGUCUUGAGUGUCGACCUUGGGAGCACGAGCUUACGUGCGGCGCUAAUGCGCAUAUCGGGCGGAAACUCAACCCGUAUGUGGCAGAAGGUACCGAAUCCGAAACAUCUGCAUAGCGGUAGACUGCGGGGUUUUGAGUGGCCGAUCAAACUCAUUCUCAACGACAACACUCCCGGGGACGUCGACAGACCAGUAUGGCGAAAUAGCAACGUCAGCGAGAGCCACGAAGAAAUCUCUGCCAAGUACGCGAUCCUUUGGCUUGCGGAAUGCCUCGAUCUGCGAGAGCAGUAUUGCGUCGCCGAGCCGCUUUACAAGAGUGUCGAUCCGAAUUUGGGUCUCAAACUCAAGAGAGGCCUGUUAGAGCUGUUCUGCGCAUUGCGAGUCGAGGUCGAGAGGAUGUGCAAAGUAAGGCGUAUGGAGGUCACCAAAAUCGUACUUACAAUCCCCUCACAGUGGGACAAAGUCUUCCAGGACAUCUACCAUGGAAUCGUGUCCGAUGCCUUUGACGGCAUCCUUGAGGAGACAAGGAUCGAGUUCGUGAAAGAGGUGGAAGCGAUCGCUCAUUUCCUUUUCCGGGAUGACUGCUACAGAUUCGACGGCUGUGACCGGCCAUCGCCCCAGGAAAUGGUCCUAUUUCUCGAUUUUGGGGGACACAGCAUGGCAAGUCACCGCAUUCAUAUGAGAGUACCUCAUCCCCGCGCUGAUCUCUGCUGACAUACGUGGAGUCUUAGAACUCCUGCAUGUACUUCGUAGUCUACGAUCCCAAUGGUGGAAUGGCAAACCUGUAUCUGCCCGAAAAUUCUACUAAAGGUUCGUUGACCAAGCCCCACUCGUCUCGACCAACGAUUUUGACGUC